CAGGCCUGAGUAUUUUAUUGGUGAGCCUAACCUUUCAAUUCGUGCAUGAUUAUUUACUUUAUUGUUACUGAUUUCCGUAUAAGUAUUAAUAUCAGUAUAAUUUACAAAGAGAAAUAUUAGUAUUCAAUUGUAUAAAGAUGGCAAAUUGUAAGCUAAAUGAAAUAUUUCUUGGAGAAAUUGCAUCGGUACAGAAUUACGGAGCUUUUAUCAGAAUUCCGGGCUGCUCAGCCCAGGGACUGAUACAUAAAUCACAGGUAAGCUCUGCUCGUGUCGACGAUGUUGCAGAGAUUUUGCAAAAAGGAGAACGAGUAUGGUGUAAAAUUAUUUCAAUCGGAGAUGAUGGUAAAAUAGGAUUGUCAAUGAAAUACGUGAAUCAAGGAAGCGGUACAGAUUUAGAUCCGAAUGGAGUUGAAUUACAGAGAGACACGCAAAAGAGAAAAACUAUAGAAAAACAUGAACGUAAAACCAUACAUUUAGAAGCUGUCCUUAAUACUACGUGCACUAAAUGUGGAACUGCUGGUCAUUUAUCUAAAGACUGCUUUAUGUCUCCUGGUGGGAAAAAAUAUGAAUUAAUCCCAGAGAUUGAAGAAGAACAACAACCUAUUGUUCAACCGCAAACUGAUGAUGUAACUAAAAAAGAGAAAAAGCACAAAGAGAAAAGAAAGAAAAAAAGGAAAGUUAAAAAACUUAAGCAAAAUACGGAUGAUAGCGAUUCGGAUAGAAAAGAAAUUGUUAAAAAGAAAAAGAAAAAGUAUUCUAAAGAUCAAAAAAGGAAAAGAAAGAAGCAUAAUAAUUCAUUUAGCGAUGAAAGCUCUAAUGAAAGUUUGUCUAGUCAUGAUGUGAAAGCUCAUAAACGAAAGCAUUCAGACAAUAGUAUAGACAAACAUUCCAAAAAAUCUAAACACUCAAAAAGUAAACACUCCACUGAUUGAGAAAUUAUAUGAAUUCGGUAGAAUUUCUAAUAAAGUUUUCUAUCGUUUUCAUCAUUUUAUAAACCAUCUAAAUUUUUGUAGUAGUGAAAUCGAAGUCCGUGAGAAAUGUAUUUUGAGUGUAUAAUAUAUUAAUACUACGAUAAUUAAAAUCAUACUUACCGACGUUAAGUAUUUGUAAGUCAAGUGCACAUUUUCGGCAAGCACAUCUGCAGCUAAAUCAUAGUAUUGAUAUUUGCAGUACAACAGUAACAAAUUAGCAAAAGUUUCAGGUGGAAAUGGAUUUUGUUGUAAUAAAAACAUUAGUUUCUCAAAUCCUUCGCUUGGCUUUGUAUCCAUAUUUAUUAAGGCUUGAUUAUGCAAAGUAACAGCAUCAAGCUCUUCUUCAGAUCUGGGAGGCAUAUCCGUUAAUGCUUCUUUUGCUGCUUCAACUAAAAGCAAUUAAUUAAAACUCAGACACCCGAUAGCAACUAUCACGAUAGCAAUUAAAAUAAGUGAAUAACUGAAAUUUAUUUUAUACAAUUACAAUUUUGUAGUUGAUAUUCUAUGGCUGCUUUUAAAUUGAAUGCUUCUGUUAAAGCUGUUUCGUGAAGCGUUAAAGUAUUACCAACACUGCGUACUUCUAUGCCUUCUGUUGUCAUGCCUACUCCUAAUUCUGGAUGUUCCUUUAUCCCUUGUUCAAUAAUAUCAGCUAACAUAAAAUGUAGGAUAAAGAUAUUAUUGAAUUAACAAACUGUAUCGUCGAUAUUAGUAUAUUUACCAAUAUGUUUCGAGGAUGCAGCAUAUUCUUUUAAUUUAAAAUAGCAAAGUGCAACAUUAUAUGAUAAAUGUGGUUUAAAACCUGCAAUUUGUAACGCAUUAGCAAAUUUUUUUAAUGCUUGUUCGUAUUGUUCUUCCUGAAAAGAUCGAAUAUUAGACCGUUUAUAAAGAGUACUUCCAAUUUUCAUUUUUAUACCUUGUAUAAAAGACAUCCUAAAUUAAUCUCUGUAUCAACAUCAUCAACUGAGCAUUGAUCAACAAGAUUUUUUGCAGCAACAAUAUCUUCUUGGCCAUAUUUUAUUGCUGCCUGCAGUUUCUUUACUUUAAAUUCCAGGUUGCUUUGAUUAACGAUACUGGAACAUAUUGUCCAUGCUUCUUGAUACAUACAUGCUUGAUGUAAAGAUUGACCAUGGUAUAACUUGUAUAUACUUUCAUCCGGACAUAAUUGAACUAAUUUUUCAUAACAUUGCGCAGAAGCUAUAAAAUCUUGAGUAUAAAAAUAACAGUGAGCAAGUAGAGAUAAACAAGGUCUGGACUGUAAAAUAAUUUAUCAAAUAUGUAUAACUUAUAAAACUAAUUUAUCGAUAAUGUAAAAAAUUAUUUUAGCAUAAUCAUACAUACAGCAGGAUAAACAUCUAGAAGUGCAAUUAACACUUUUAUUGUCUCUGUAUAUCUUUGUUCCUUAAUCUGUAAUGUACAUAUCUAUUUUGUAUGCGUUCAAUUAACAUUUAAAAGUAAUUAAAAAAGUCAUUUUCUUGAUUUUAAAAAUUAGUAUCACAGCAAGGAAUACCAAUGCGUCUGGUAAGACACAUUAUAAUAAGCAAUAAACUAAAUAGUAAAA